UUUGAGGGGAGGGCCACAUCACGCCCACUCAGCAUACUUGCAUGGGAAGUAGGAGUACAAAUAACAUGCAUAUAGCGGCGAACAUGCACUUUAUUUCCACUGAGCUGGUACUCGCGUGAUACUCCAUCCCCAAAACACUCAUGGCUCAAGCUCUUGACAUUGAUCGCUGCAACUUGGAGUGUGACUUCAACAACACAGAGCAUUACACUGACCUCAACGGUGUGGAUCGCCUGAUCGUGAGGAGGGGCCAACCGUUCAAUAUCAGCUUGUCCCUUCGCUCAGGAAGCUACGAACCAGGACACAGCUUUCUGGACUUCAUUGCAGAGACAGGACCUCAACCUUCUGAGCAGUAUGGCACCCGGGCCUCCUUCAGCCUGUCGGCCAAAAUCGACACUUCGCGCUGGAGUGCGGCGGUUGUCAGCCCCCCCGGAGACACAGUGGCGCUGUCCCUCUGUGCCGCCCCCAAUGCACCCAUAGGGCGCUACACCCUGACCUUGGGACAUUCUGCACGGAUUGACUUCAUCCUGUUAUUUAACCCCUGGUGCUCAGGAGAUGCUGUAUAUAUGGACAAUAAGGAAAGUUUGGAAGAAUAUGUCUUGUCCCAGGAUGGGAUUAUUUUUCGAGGUGAUGCCAAAUAUCCAAUUGCAACUCCAUGGAACUUUGGCCAGUUUGAAAGUGGAAUCCUGGAUGUGUGUCUGAGGAUUUUGGACAUGAAUCCAAAAUGUCUGCGUAAUCCAGGCAAAGACUGCUCAGGCAGGAGAAAUCCCAUUUAUGUGGCGAGAGUUCUCAGUGCUAUGGUUAAUUGUAAUGAUGACAAAGGGGUUGUGCUGGGAAACUGGACAAAUAACUAUGAUGGGGGCGUGAGCCCCAUGUUCUGGAAGGGCAGUGUGGAGAUUCUGCGCAACUGGGACACACAAGCUUGUCAGCCUGUUCGUUUCGGCCAGUGCUGGGUCUUUGCUGCUGUCGCCUGCUCAAUUUCCAGAGCUCUUGGCAUCCCCUGCAGAGUUGUUACUAACUACCACUCAGCCCAUGACGUCAACAGCAACCUCGUGAUUGAACGCUACAUCAACGAAAAUGGGGAACUCAUUCGAUCCAAAGAAAUGAUCUGGAACUAUCACUGCUGGGUUGAGAGCUGGAUGACCCGACCAGACCUAAAUGAUUCUGCUUAUAACGGCUGGCAGGCCAGUGACCCAACCCCUCAAGAAAAAAGUGACGGAGUGUUCUGCUGUGGGCCCAUCCCUGUCAAGGCCAUCAAGGAGGGUGAGCUCAUGUACAAGUAUGAUGGCCCCUUUGUCUUUGCUGAAGUCAACGCUGAUGUCAUCACCAUUAUGAAGAAAACUGAUGGCAGUACAUCCAAAGUUAUCUCUACCCAACUGGUUGGAAAGAUGGUCAGUACCAAAGGCAUUGGCACUGACAACAGAGAAGACAUUACUCAUCUCUACAAGUAUCCUGAAGGCUCCGACGAGGAGCGUGGGGCCUUGAAGAAGGCCAACCACCAAAACAAGCUACUCCAGAUGAAGGAGAACGAAGGUCUGAACGUGACCAUCAAAGUCUCCACCGAGAUGAACAAGGGCUGCGACUUUGACGUGUUUGCUGUGGUGACCAACAACACGCUGAGUGACAAGAAGUGCCGUCUCCUCUUUGGAUCCUGCGCCGUGUCCUAUAACGGCUUUCAGGGAGGCAAUUGUGGCUUCAAAGAUUUGCUCAAUGUUGAGCUGUCACCUGGAGGAGACAGGAAGGUUCCACUAAGGCUAAACUAUUCAAAAUAUGGUGGGAUGCUCACUGAGGACAACAUGAUCCGUCUGGCUGCUCUUCUAUUCGACUACACCACCUCGAAAGCAAUGCUGGCAGUGAGAAACAUUGUGCUGGACAAUCCUGAAAUUAAAGUCCAAAUCCUGGGUGAACCCAAGGAGAAUCGCAAACUGGCGGCCGAGAUCACUCUAAAAAAUCCUCUGCCAGAGCCCUUGGAAAAUUGCUGCUUUAGCAUGGAGGGGGCCAACCUGACUGGAGGAAGCGUCAUCUCUGAGAGGCUAAGCGCCACAGUGGGACCUGGGGAAGACGCCAAGGUGAAAAUGUACUUCACCCCCACCCACAGUGGGCUGAGAAAGCUGGUGGUCAAUUUUGACAGCAGUAAACUGUGUCACGUCAAGGGCUACAAAAAUGUCAUCAUUGGAAAAUAAUCACCUGUGAGAUAAGAGCAAUAUGAGGCCUUCAGCAAACAGCUCUUCUUUGUGUUAUGCAAAACAUAACCCCACAAAUAUUUUAAUUCUGAGACAAACAGUGUAAUGUUACAAAAGAAUAGUUCAACGUGGGAUAUCUUUGUAUAUAAAACUGCAAAUAACCAUUUUAUACAUUAAAUACAGAAGUGUUGUUAAGCAUAUUGGUGUUAAAGUGUAUGAUUGCCAUUUUAAGCAAGUCUUCAUAAAAUACAAUAUUUCUAAACAUAAA